CCUAAUCCUGAGAGUCAAAGGUGUGAUUGCAGAUUGCCUUCUUUUUCUUUCAAAAACGCUUAGCCUGAGGGGAUCAUUUCAUUUCUUUUUCCUUUUCUUUUCUUUUCCAUUUCCCAGCAUAUUUAUUUACCUUAUUUUCUUCCUCAAAAGAAGUACAAUUCCACAAAUUUUCAUGACCCCAGACUCCCACCUAUCACAUCUCCCCCCUCCGCCUCCGUCUCCGAGUCUUCUCCAACUUCACUUGUAUAGUGCUAGUAGUAGUAUUCAUAUGGAUUCACUCAACCCCAACAGGAGCAAGUUCGCUCGCACCAUCCACAAGGUCAUCCACCUCCGAACCCCUGCUAAGCUCGUCACCCACUGUGGUAAAGAUUCCAUCACUCCUCACAAAUCCAAGAAAUUUCAUCAAGAUGAUGACGCGGAUGAUGAUGAUUCCAAGCUCCGCAGCAGAGCCGUCUUGGAAGCUCUGGUCGCCAAGCUUUUUGCCUCUGUUUCUACCAUCAAGGCUGGUUAUGCUGAGAUGCAAGCUGCUCAGUCUCCUUAUGACGUCGACGCCAUCCAGGUGGCGGACAAGGCCGUGGUGAGGGAGCUCAGGCUCAUUUCCGAGCUGAAGCAGAGCUUCUUGAAGAAGCAGCUCGAUCUGUCGCUGGCUGUGCCCCAAGUCACUGUGCUGUUGGCCGAGAUUCAGGAGCAGCAGAGCCUUAUGAAGACUUACGAGAUCACCAUGAAGAAGCUGGAGUCGGAGAUGGACCUCAAGGACUCCCACAUUGAUGAGCUCAAGAAGCGGCUUCAGGAGUGUAAUCAAGGAAACAAGGUGAUGGAGAAGAGGUUGAAUUCAAGCGGCCCUUUGCCUUUUCUCGACAACCUCAAACUCUCACUCAUGAAUCCCAACCACUUCUGUCAAGUUCUUCAUUACGCCGUGAGAUCUAUCCGGAGAUUCGUGAAAUUCAUGAGCUCCGAAAUGGAGUCUGCGCAUUGGGAUAUGGAUGCGGCUGCAAAGUCCAUAGUCCCAGACACUGUGUUGGCGAAGCCAACCCAUAGAUGCUUCGCGUUCGAAUCUUUCGUGUGCAGAGCAAUGUUCGAAGGAUUCAAUUCCCCAAACUUUUCGUUGAGCGAAUCAUCGUCAGCCCCAGAAGGGAAAGGGAAACAACGGAGACAGCUCUUCUUCGAGAGGUUCAAGAAGCUCAAAUCGGUAAACCCCAUUCACUUCCUCUCCCAGAACCCACGAUCAACGUUCGGCAAAUUCGUGCGAGCCAAGUACCUGAGCCUGGUGCACGCCAAAAUGGAGUGUUCCUUCUUCGGCAACUUGAACCAACGCAAGCUUCUGAACGCUGGGUCGUACCCAGAAACCGCUUUCUUCGCCGCCUUUGCAGAGAUGGCGAAGCGUGUGUGGGUGCUCCAUGGAUUGGCAUUCUCGUUCGAUGUAGAGAUUGGAGUCUUCCAAGUCAGCCACAACAGCAGAUUCUCGGAAGUGUACAUGGAAUGCGUGACGGAAGACGCGUUCGACACCGUCGACGGCGACUUACGGGUGGGUUUCACGGUGGUGCCGGGGUUCAAGAUUGGAAGCACUGUGGUACAGUGUCAAGUGUACUUGUCUCCGGCGGCGACAGCUCCGGCUGACUGUUGAGUAAUGCCGUUUUGGAAUGUGAAUGAUUGUACAUUGGGUUCUGAAAUGAUGAAUCUCACGCGCUUUAAAGGCACGCUCCACUCAUGGAGGGACCCUUGGCUCCCACUUCUGUGUGGGGUCAAGCUCCUUCCGUUUUAAAUCUGGUGGGCUAGGAAAUAUCUAUAUAUAUAUUUUAUCAAUCAAA